GCACAAUCAUUUACCUUGAACAGAGAAAUUUAUGAACAGCCCUCUGUUUAAGUCUUCCAGUGAAAUUUCUACCCCACUGGUUCUAGUUAGGCUGCAAUGAACAUUUUCCCAACUCAUAAAAAAGGAAAACUGUGUUUAUGUUCUUGGAUAGUUUGGUUGAUAAGAGAGUGCUCAAGGAAAGAGCUCAUAAUACCUAGCCUUUUAUCAGUAUUUGAAAAAAAGUGUUAACAUCCUAAGCAAUCCUGUAAAUACGCAUUAGCAGAUUGUGCACGCAACCCUUGAGUAAAUAAAAGCAUGGAUAGCCAGUCUUCCUCUAUCCACGAUAAGCAAUAAAGUGUUUCUCGGGUUACAACAAAUGACCUGUACGCAUUGCGGACCUGUUGCCUCGCGCUCCGCGCCACAUGCACAGCGGAGGGGAAAGAUACAGCCGACGGUUUGGAUUUGAUGGGCUUUGGAAGUGGGAGACAGCUUGAAUGAGGGGCAGAGCUUUGCAGAGUUACUUUUUAAACCUUCAUUGCAAGUAAGGUAUAUUCCUUGGUUGCUUUUGCCGUUGUAAUCUGGCUUUGGUCCGGGACUGAAACAUCACUCGAGAAGGCUGAGAAGUGGACUUAGAUUGAAACUGGAAUGCAAAAUGGAAGAUUCUGAAAUGAUGAGUGAGAAAAUGACAGCAGCAGGAAGCAUUGCAGAUGUUGAUGACAUCUACGCAGCUGGAUUAAGGAAAGGAGAUGAACAGGAAGAGCCUAUGUUAGGAGAUGGGGACAGACAAGAAAGUGAUCCUGGAAUCUUGCUAUCACCCAUGGCUCAAGCCUCAUUUGUCUCUAAAUAUAUUACACUAUGGUGGUUAAACAGACUGCUUUCUACUGGAGCAAAGCGACCCCUACAAGCUGAGGAUCUUUAUGGACUGCUGGAAAGAGAUCAAACUGACACAGUGACAGAACAACUAGAGAGAGAAUGGGAAAAAGAAGUGUACAGGUCAGGACAGCUUGGCAAAGAUCCCAGUUUUUUACGGGCUAUAGUCAGGUCCUUUGGUUUAGGGUACUCUAUGUUAGGACUGGUGGCACUUAUUCAUGACCUCUUACGAUUGGUUCAACCUAUCUUCCUGGGCCAACUGGUGCUCUAUUUUGUGGAGGAUUCUCCCAUUUCAAUAAGAGACGCCUACCUUUAUGCCUUUGGGCUCAGUUUAUGUGCUGUUAUCUCAAGUUUGUUCAAUGCACCAUACACCUUUAUGUCACAAGUUUAUGGCAUGAGAAUAAGGGUGGCAUGUACAGGCCUUGUGUAUAAAAAGGCUCUAAAACUAAGCACUGCCGCCCUCCAGGGUACAACUACUGGUAACAUUGUAAACUUGGUUUCUAGUGAUACUCAGAAGUUUGACUGGAGUACAACUCUUCUGCAUUACCUGGUCAUUGGCCCUGUUAUAUCUGCCAUUGUGUUACUAUUGUUAUGGUUACAAAUUGGUCCCUCAGCAGUUGCUGGAAUGGGAUUAAUUGUGCUUCUGGCCCCCAUGCAGCUUAAAAUGGGUCACAUGCUCUUUGGGUUUAGAACAAAGGCAAUACGGUGGAUGGAUGAACGGGUGAAGGUUAUGAAUGAAGUCAUCGCUGGCAUGCGUGUCAUUAAGAUGUACACAUGGGAAGAUUCAUUCUCAAAGUGGAUAAGACAAAUACGGAAAGAUGAACUUGACUGGUUUCUGAAGCUGAACUUUGUUCAAGGAACCUUCAUGUCAUUUUUCUUUAGCUCAUCAGCACUUAUUAGUUUUGUCACCUUCAUGACAUACGUGUUAACUGGUGAAAUUUUAAAGGCACAAACCGUUUUCACUUGCAUCUCACUGUUUAACAUGAUUCGAAUUGUCAUGGCCUUGCAUUUUCCAGUAGCUCUGACACUGAUGAAUGAAUGCAGAGUGUCAAUAAAACGCAUGGAGGAUAUUCUUUUGUUGGAUGAGAUGCAUUCAGAAGGUCUUGUAACCUCAAAACUGAGACCUAAACCUGAAGACUGCUAUGUCGAGGCCAAAAAUAUCACAGCUUUUUGGAACCAGAACUUGGCAUUCCCAACUCUGGACAACCUGACUUUCAAAGUGUCGAGUGGUGAACUGCUGGGUGUGAUCGGUACUGUUGGAUCUGGGAAGUCUUCUCUCUUGAUGGCAAUACUUGGUGAGCUGCCAUUGUCUGAUGGCACCAUAACAGUGAAAGGCAAAAUUGCCUAUGCCUCACAACAGGCCUGGAUUUAUAAUGGAACACUACGCCAGAACAUUCUGUUUGGACAGGACAAUGAAGAGGACAAGUUCAGUGAAGUGAUCAAGGCCUGUGCUUUGGAUAAGGAUAUUGAAUUACUCCCAGAGGGCGACAUGACCUUAGUGGGUGAACGAGGUGUGUCCUUAAGUGGAGGUCAAAGGGCAAGAGUCAACUUGGCAAGGGCAGUGUAUGCAGAUGCUGAUAUUUACUUGAUGGAUGAUCCAUUGAGUGCUGUGGAUGCAAAUGUGGGACGACACCUGUUUGAAAAAUGUAUUUGCGGAUAUCUGGCGAGCAAGCCUCGUAUCUUAGUAACGCACCAGCUCCAGCAUAUUGGAGAAGCCGAUGAUUUGAUGGUCUUGGAUCAGGGCAAGGUGGUUAACAGAGGACCCUAUAAAGAACUGUCUCUAUGUAAAGGCAGUACAGACAUUAUGGCGUGCUUAACUGACCCAGAAACAGAGGCAGGUCGUCAGAUUGAGGCAAAGGAUGCUGAAAGACUGAUGGUUGCUAGGCAACUAAGUAGACAAGACUCAUUUCCAUGUCAUCGGCUUAGUAAAGUGGGUGACAGUACUCAUUCCAUCAUGUCCGCCACCACAACAUUGUCUGUUUAUGAGGACAAUCUUCUUCCACCUGAGCAGAGACAAGAAGGAGCUGUCAGUUCUAAGACUUACUUAGCAUAUUUCCGCGCAUUUCACAAUCUAGGAACUGCUUGUGUUGUUAUCUUUUUAUUCGCUCUUUGCCAGGUAGUAGCAAUGUUAGCAGAUUGGUGGUUAUCAUAUUGGUCUAAUGCUGAGGAGUCGUACCACUUAGCAAAAUAUCAACAAACCGAGAACUCCACAACGACUGCAGCAUCAAAACCAGACCUGGCCCUGUACUUAGGGAUUUAUGGUGGUCUUGUUGUAGGGCUCUUUUUGCUAAGUCUCAUCUGUAUCGAGCUGUACUACACACUUACUGUGGUUGCUUCCAAAAACCUGUAUGACAAGAUGCUUACCAGUCUUAUGAGAGCACCCAUGUACUUUUUUGAUAACAAUUCUAUAGGGCGAAUUCUCAACAGAUUUUCAAAGGACAUUGGUAUGAUAGACGACAUGAUGCCCAUGAUCCUCUGCGAUGUUUUACAGACUGGUUUGGUGUGUCUUGGCAUUUUAGGAUUAGUAGCAGUCAAUAAUCCAGUGACAAUCGUGAUGGUUGUACCUCUCAUAAUAGGCUUUGUUUAUUUGAGGAAUUAUUUCAUGAAGUCAUCUCGAGAAAUCAAGCGUAUUGAAGGAAUAAGUCGUAGUCCCUUAUUUGGUCAUUUCUCUACCACUCUUCUUGGUCUGGACACUAUACGUGCCUAUGGAGUGGAGGAAACGUUUACAGACCAAGUAAACAGUUAUCAAGACGCUCACUCCAGGGCGUGGUUCACGUACCUGGCGGGACAGACUUGGCUUAACUUCAGGCUUGAGAUGCUCACUGUACUGUUUCUUGCCUUUGUUGCGUUCGUGUCACCGGCUAUCAAAGGAACUGUAGAUCUGAGUGCUGGUGUAGUUGGACUGACUUUGUCAUAUUGUAUCAUGUUAACUGGUGUAUUCCAGCCAUUUAUUGAGGAGAGUGCCGAGUUAGAAAAUCUGAUGACAUCUGUAGAGCGUAUCGUAGAAUACAUGAACCUGGAUUCUGAGGCUCCAGCUGAAACUGAUACUAAACCUAAAGAUGACUGGCCACCCCGCGGACAGAUUGAAUUUGACAGCAUGUCGUUCACUUACCACAAAGGCUUACCAGAUGUGCUUCAUCAUAUCAGUUGUACUAUCAAGCCCACAGAAAAGAUUGGAGUGGUGGGUCGCACUGGAGCUGGCAAGUCUUCUCUUCUUUCAACAUUGUUUAGAUUAGCAGAGCCAAGGGGUAGAAUUGAAAUCGACGGCAUUAAUAUCCGAGAACUUGGACUUAGAGAUUUGAGAUGCAAAUUGUCCAUCAUUCCACAGGAACCCGUGUUGUUUAGUGGUCCCAUGAGGAGAAAUUUGGAUCCACUUGGAGAGCGUGAGGACGCUGAACUGUGGAAUGUGCUGGAGGAGGUCCAACUAAAACAAGCUGUGGAGGAGUUGCCAAACAAACUAGAUCAAGAGCUUGCGGAGUCAGGCUCAAAUUUUAGUGUUGGUCAGCGGCAGCUUGUAUGCCUGGCACGCGCAAUUCUAAGGCACAGCCGUAUCUUGGUGAUUGAUGAAGCUACUGCGAAUGUUGAUCAAAGGACGGACUCUCUGAUCCAGGCCACCAUCCGUGAAAAGUUCAAGAAAUGCACUGUACUGACGAUAGCUCACCGUCUUCACACCAUUAUGGAUUCAGACAGAGUUAUGGUGUUAGAUGCUGGCCGCCUCAAAGAGUUCGAUGCACCUUAUGUUCUACUUAAGAAUCCCCGCAGUCUGUUUGCCCUGCUGGUGGAACAAACAGGGCCUGCGGAGGCAAGGAGAUUGUACGAGAUCGCAAGGGACAAAUACCAUGAGCAACGAGCAGCUAUACCGGAAACUAUGGCUGAAGACAACAACACUGCACCGCAACAAGUACCAGAAAUAUCAGUCAAACCGGAAACGGAAGCUGAUGAUAACGACUCUGCGCCUCUGCUACAACCGAAAACACCGGCAAAACAGGUUGAUAAUCACUCUCCCUCUUCGCAAAAACCUAAAAUACCAGAAAAAGAAGAUAAUUGCCACUCUCCCCCUGAACAAAAACCGGAAAACCUCGAGAAAGACUCUCCCUCCCGACAACAACCGGAAACAGAGGAUAAUGGGGACUCUGCACCUCUGCUACAACAACAAAUAGAUGUUGAAAUCAAACCAGACAAACAGAAUGAUUCCACUACUUCAGACAAGGAAGGUACUUCCGCUUGAGACGGAAUUGUAUUCUGUUGGGGUUCAGUUGUGCCUCUCAGAGGUUUCUUCACAAAUGUCCAGUACAAUGUAACGUAAUGCGUGCUGUUCUCUCCUUAGUGCGUCAGAGGGUCGCGUUUAACUCUAUACACAUACAUAGUUUUAAAAUACGCCUUGCACAUUUAUUAAAAUGAAGUAUAAAAACGACACUACCACACAAUGCGUGUUAGUAUUAGUAAAAAUCCGUAGCCAAGCUGCAAUAUGUUUUAAGUAUUUUAAUAGGUUUAGGAACUUAACCCCGCGAUGGGACACAUUCAGUAACAAACUCGCCCCAGGGUUUUCUCGGCUGACCUGCGUCGUCAUGUACUCCUUUCGGCUCGCCUUUUUCAUUCUCCGUAAUUUAUCAAAUAGUUAAUAACAUAAGGUUGCGACUAAAAAAUAUAUAUAUCCCGUGAUAUGCAUAGUAGGUAGAUUUACACUUACAGUGCGACUACUCGAACCGGGCCGCUUGGAAAAGAUUAACCAAUCAGAACGUUUCUUGAGAACAAAGGAUUUUUUUUUCUCGAAUAAACCAAUAACAUUGAAGAAUACGAACAAUAGAUCUUAAAAAAAUUGAAAACUCAAGAAAGUGUGAAGUGUCGUGAACCUCUCAGGAGACCCUGCUAUUUGUUUAUUGGUUUGUUUCGACCCUUAAUUUUGUGCGCUUUGCAACGGUUUCAGUUUAGUUGUCGCAAAAUGAGUUUUCAAGCCAAAUUUUUCGAGCGAGAUUUAUAAUUAUGAUAAUUUGCCGUCAAGAACUGAAUCUCUGAGUGUAUAUUACGCAGACCAUUACUUGCCGUCACGAGAAGCUACCAGUCCAUUGUGCUCAGUUUACGUUUUGAUUGGUUAGUUUUCUUCUUGGUGGCCCGGAUCGAGUAGUAGCACUGUAUUACGUAACCAUGCAAUACGGAAAAAGGUUGUAAAAUCGAUAUAACGUACAUAAAUAAAGUUAUAACUAGCAGCGAUUUAAA